UGGAGCGGCGCCUGCAGGUAGCCAGCUGCAGGCUGCGUUUACAAGUUUGGACCAAGAAGUUAGUGUGGAGUGGACACAUGCAAUGUAGACCACAUCCCAAUUGUUUUGGAAGUUAUGUUUGGUUUUAUACCACUGGUGAAAUGUCGAGUUGAUCAUACUUUGUUUAGCUUGGAGGUGUGACUUUGGGACGAUUCCUGCUGUAACCUUAAAAAAAAAACUUUCUGCCAAACUUGUAAUGAUGACUUUCGCAAUGCACCGGCCCAUGGCAACGCACUUGAUGUACCCCAGCCUCGGGAUGAUGUCCGAGGACGAGGAAACCCGUAGCGAGAGCGACGGCAGCUCCACCGAUCAGUGUUAUGGAAUAUGCACCCAGACGCAGAAGACACGGCGGAUCUCCCUGCAGACGGACGGCAACAACGUGGUGAUCGUCAAGCAGAGGAACGCGGCCAACGCCAGGGAGCGAGACCGGACCCAGAGCGUCAACACCGCCUUUACAGCGCUGAGGACUCUGAUACCCACCGAGCCGGUGGACAGAAAGCUGUCAAAGAUUGAGACUCUUCGCCUGGCCUCCAGCUACAUCGCCCACUUGGCCAACGUGCUACUGGUUGAAGAGGGCCAGAGUGACGGCCAGCCCUGCCUCGGCCCUGCGGUCUACACGCAGGGGGAGAGCGGGGCCAAGCAGCCUCGGAGGCCCACCAUAUGUACCUUCUGUCUGAGCAACCAGAGGAAAGGGAUUAAGGAUGGCAAAGACUGUAUAAAGAGUCGAGGGCUGGGAUCCCAUCGAAUGAGACGUUGAGUCAGAAGAAAGAACGCCUGAUUCCCCUGAUUCACCUUCUCCUCAAAGACAUUCUCAGGAAAAACAAAGUAAUUUGGUUAAACGACAACAUACAAAGACCCAGAGGACCACACAUGCUGGAUACAACGGAAGAUAAACCAUCUAUUUAUGACCGAAGCGUAUGUAUGCUAAGGCCUUUUAAAAAUGCAGUGCAUUAAGAGUUUAUGAUUUUUGUAGUGUGAAUACUGAAGCCUUAAAAUGAGAUAUAUUUUUAUUAAAUGAAAUAUUCCUGUGUGAGUUGCGUGGUUGGAUUCUCUGAAACAUGGGCAUGGUUUAUUAUAUUCGUAUUUGAAAUAUGCUUUGACGAAAGUUAAAGACUGAGUUACUAUAUAAAAAAAAAUUAUGUGUGAGAAAAAAUAACUAGGAAGGGAACUUUUGGGACGGAUACAUAAAUAACAUCAAAAUACAUAUAUUCAAUUUAUAUCAAGACAAGACCAUCCAUCACACAAACACACACACACACACACACACACACACACACACACUCAUAAAAAAACACACACGCACACACAAAUACCAGUACUCUGAUGCAUACAACCAUGCAACACAGAAGCGAGCACACACUUGAACAAACACACAAACACUCGCACACGCACAGAAAAACACAUUCCAUUCCAUUGUUAUUGUGUGCAAGAAAGAGUUGUUUGCAGAGUCAGGGACGCCAUGGAAACAGGGUUCAGGGGUUCCAGUGUCGUCUGUGAUGUUUUUUAGUAAAUCUCACAGUUGAGUUUUUUUUAAGUCUGGUAUCGAUUAGUCAUGGCUUAUAAUGGCCCCCGCUCUGCUUGGAAGUCUCAACACAGCUGUUGGUAUGCAGAAGGGAUAAAUCAGGGCUGAGCCACCGGUGGACAGGGAGUGAUGGGAGAGAGGUUGGAGGUCCCACGGGAGUAGUACAGACAGACACACACACACACACACACACACACACACACACACACACACACACACACACACACACACACACACACACACACACACACGCACAGACACACACACACACACACACACACACACACACACACACACACACACACACACGCACAGACAAGCACACACACACACACACACA